UUCGUAGUUUAUUAGAAGAGAUGUACUCUAACCUCGUCUCAGUUCAUACUUGACAUUUGUAUCAUAUUUACGUAUAUGUAUCUACUUAAAACACAACAAGAACAUUAUUUUAUAGUUCGAAAUCGAAACAGAAGCUAUCAUGGUGAUUAUAAGGGUUGAGUUGAUACUUCUGUGUUUUUUCUGUCUUCUGAUCAGACUUCAGGGUCUAACAACACACCACAGAACCAAUAUCUGGUGUAAAAGAGCUGAGGAGGCGACAAACCCUUUGAAGUGUUUCUAUGGACUAGGGGAGGGACCUUGUGGACCAGUUUGUCUGAAGGGACCAGGGGAAGUGUGUGGUGGUGAAGACGAUAUUUAUGGAAUAUGUAGUAAAGGACUAACCUGCUCUUACUGUAUUAAAGGGGAAGUGUGUGGAGGGGAAGACGAUAUUUAUGGAAUAUGUAGUGAAGGGCUGACCUGCUCUAACUGUAAUAGAUGCACUGGAUGCUCUUACUUCAGUUUAAGGUGUUUUGAUGAUGGCUGUGCCUCGGAAGAUACUUAUUUUGGAUUUUUAUAGUUCAUUCUACAGUAGGAUCCAUAAAGCUAUGAAAAAGGAAGACGACACCUACGCAAUCUUAUUUGAUGUACACUGCACAUUUGUUGUUUUUUAAGCCCAUUAAGACUAUUAAACAUCAUAAAUUGAGUUUAACAAUAAUCUUCCUUUUCCACAGUAUUAUGGGUACCAAAGUACCACUAGCUGGUUUCCAAUGCAAGUUGAUUUUAAUUGCGCAAAAUUGUGAGCCCAGUAAUUUCCUCGCAAUUCCGCGCAAUACGAAAACAGUUCCAUGCAAUUCUGUACAAUUCCGCGCAAUGGAAUUCCGAUUAGAAACACCAGGUACCGCUGUGCAAAAAAACAAACAAAUUAACUAAGGUAAAAUCAUAAUACGUAUUUACGCAUCAAACCAUUCUUUCUCUUGCUAGCUGUCUGUAAAUGUUUGUUGGAAUUAUUAUGAACGUAUCACCAAGAACUACAAACCAGUACCUAGGGCUAGAUGCGUUCGGUUUCUAUAAUUUGAAUUCAAUCAUAUUUUGGUUCAUAAUUCAAAUCUUUAAACUUACCAAGUUGUUUUUGAUACUUUACUUAUUUAAAACAUUUACAUCGACAAUAAAGUGUGGAAGAGAAAAAAUGAAAAUUUUAUAUUCAAUUUGUCAAAUUUGGAUUGAAAGUGACAGCUUGCCUCGAAAUGUUCAUAUAAAAUACGAUUUAUGAAUUUGCCGUUUUUUUUAUUAAUUAUGCAAUAUGUUAAAGUUUAGUAAAGAAUCAGUAUUAGAAGAAUUAUUGUAAGAUUGUCAAAACUAUUUAUGUUAAAGAAUAAAAUAUU